CGCUACCGGCGCCCACUGUUCUGUCAAGCUUCAUCACCCAUACCGUCGAUAACGGUCGGCCGCCAAGUGCCUUGUGUACAUCCUCCAUGCGGCUCUCUGCCUAUGAAAUAUCGCGACCCCAGAUGCCAACCAUAGGGUAAGGCUUGACCUUGUCGACUGCCAAGUGGACCCUUCCCCAGAUUCGCUACGAUGAUCCGAGAAAUAGCUUGGAAUAGCAGGUGUUGCGGUAAACAUGGGACGAUGCUAGUCCUUGUGCAGUUUCCCCGCGGGGUAUGACUGUAGUGAUGGCGAGGUAGCAUCAUGAAGGAUGGCUCGGCGAUGAGGCCUUCGAAACGAGGCACCAGGCAUAAGAAGGCACACACCCUUCGCUCGGAAUACUCAUAAUCAGGCUAGAAACCAUAAUCUAUUCAUUAAUCUUACGAUCAAUUUCACCAAAUCUUAAACCAACAUAUGGGUUGCUUUAACACUCAUGCAUCCGGUACUCUGGACCCGCCAGAGGUCCGCAACUGGCGGAUCCACCUCAUCGCACUCAUCGCCUCGAUGUCUGCGCUAGCUAUGGGUUACGAUACAGCCGUUAUUGGCGGGACUAUGGCCCUCGAAUCCUUCAUUCGUGACUUUGGCAUGAACGACAUCGCGAAGAGCAACCGUGACACAAUUCAAGGCAAUAUCGUUUCUACUUUCCAGGCAGGAUGCUUCUUCGGAGCGCUCAUCGCUUUCCCCUUCGCGGAACGCAUUGGGCGAAAAAAGACUAUGAUAUUUGCGUCCGCGGUAUUCCUGCUUGGCGGCACACUCAUGACUGCCUCUCAAGGUAGUCUCAAUAUGAUCUACGGCGGUCGAGCUGUGGCAGGUCUAGGUAUUGGCGCAUCAAGUAUGGUCGUCCCUGUCUACAUCUCUGAAACAGCACCGCCUUCCAUCCGUGGCAGAUUGGUCGGUAUCUUCGAAAUUGCUUCUCAAGGUGGAGGUAUGCUAGGCUUCUGGAUCAAUUAUGCUUGUGACCAGACCAUUAGCGUCGAAGGCCAGACGCAAUGGAUCGUUCCUCUUGCGAUCCAGCUCAUUCCCGGUCUGCUCUUGCUUCUCGGUGUCGCAUGGUGCCCUGAGUCGCCUCGAUACCUAGCAAAGAAGGACAACUUUGAAGGCGCAGAACGCAUCUUGUGUAAGAUUCGGUGCCUCGACGAAUCACAUGCGUACAUCCAGCACGAAAUGAGCGAGAUUCGCGCGCAAGUCGAACGACGUAGCGCGAAUCGCCAGAGCAAGAAGCAACAGUUCAUGAAGCUAUUCCAGAAGGGUGUGCGUAACCGCAUGGCCAUUGGUCUUGCGCUCAUGUUCCUCCAGUCCUUCACUGGUGUCAACAUCAUCACUUACUACGCACCUCGCAUCUUCGAGACACUCGGUAUCUCUGGAACAUCACUGAAGCUCUUCUCUACUGGAUUCUACGGCAUCGCAAAGACACUCGGCAUGUUUACCUUUACCUUCAUCGUUGUCGAGAAGGUUGGUCGUCGUAAGGGCCUUAUCUGGGGAGCUGCGCUUGGUUGCAUUCCCAUGUGGUACAUCGGCGGCUAUGUUAUGAAGGCUGAUCCAGCUGGAGCUGCUUUGAGAGGUGAUGUGACACGCAACGGCUGGGGUUACCUUGCGAUGGUCUGCGUUUACAUCAACGCCUUCAUCAUCUGCGCUACAUGGCAGGGCAUCACAUGGACUUACGCCUCUGAAAUCUUCCCACUCGACAUCCGUAUGCUGUGUGUGUCCCUCACGACGGCGGAUACUUGGCUGGGUUCUUUUAUUAUUGCCCGCAGUACCCCAUACAUGAUCUCAGAUCUGGGUUAUGGCGCUUACUUCUUCUUCGCAACCAUCUUAGUCGCGAUGGGCAUCUGGAGUUUCUUCUUCGUACCCGAGACGAAAGGUAUCAGUCUUGAAGAGAUGGAUGCCCUCUUCCUUAGGCCGAUGCACCAGGCUGUUUGGGCGCAGCUUCGCGGUAAGCCAAUCUUGACCGAGGAGGAAGUCAUUGCAAGGAAUAAGGGUAUGGAACAUGAGAAGGAUAUCGGUGUUGAGACGAUUGAGACAGUAAAGAGAUAAGACGAAUGAAGGCGACGAGGGGGCGCGAUCAAUGAUGGCCGAUAGCUCGGCCUCAUCCCCUUGUCGCCGAAGAAGGCGGCGAACGCGCAUGGACCUGUUCCGCGGCAUUCAAUCAACAACUCCGUCUUCAAACUCCUGAUCUCUUUUCGGCGCUUGUGAUAUAUGAUGCAGUGGCUUCUGAUACUGACUCACAACG